AUGGUCCACGAUCUGAAGAUCGACUUAAUCACUUUAGUCGAGGAACAAGGGGCAAUUUGGAACGUUAGUUGUGAUGACUACCGCGUUGCGGAAAGGAGAAAUUCUGCAUGGCUUGAAACCUCACAGAACAUGUGGAGCAAGGGCCAUGAAUGCCCGGUCGCUGAUGCAAAACGAAUGUGGAAAUCAUUACGGGACACCUACAGGAAGCACAAGACCGCCAGAACGGGGUCUGCAACCGUGCAACCGUGGGUUUACAUGAAACAUCUACGAUUUUUGGACACCUGCGAAACCACGGUGUAUUCCGAGGCUGCGAAGGCGGUCAAAGCCCGAAUGUCCGCCCUGGAAGUCGAGAAACAAAAUCCGUCAUGCAAAUUCGAGCAGUACGGGCAGUUCGUCACAACGUAUCUGAAGAGCCUGCCAGACAAUGUUGCCGUAGGGAAAAUGAGUUUAAUGACCAAUACUUUGCUGGAGCCAGUGCAAGUUCCAUACAAAUUAAGUACGAUACAAGACGAUCUCUUGCUAGUUUUGCCGAAUCUGAACCGGCGUGCCGAGCAGUUCGUUGUAGUGAGGCAAAGCGGUCUGGUAGAGGCGAGUUCCUUGCUGGCGCGAAUUGUUUUACUCCCUCCAGGAGAUCUUGCCUUCGUGCGAGAAGGUUGUGGAGGACCUUGA